AAUGGCUGUGCGUCGGCCAUGAUGGCUUUGAGAAGGGACCGUGUCACGCAAACAUGUUUUCAAAGUGAUAUAUCUCGUUUGGUGACUGAGUGACCGUGUUCCAGCGCGAUGGCCGAGGAACGAUGAGGCCCUGAGCGCUCUCUGUGCCGGGUAAUUCGGCCCCAGGGCCCCCAGCCAGGCCUCUAAAGGCAGGUCUACGGCAUACCACAAACCCGAGGCCCCCCUCAGCCGAUCCGACUGGCCUCACGGUGCGGCCAGCCAUCCUUGGUUGUCAACACGCGCGAGUCAGCCGCCCUCAGGAUGAGCAAGCUGUCGUUCAGGGCGCGCGCCCUGGACGCCUCCAAGCCCAUGCCGAUCUACAUGGCCGAGGAACUACCGGAUCUGCCAGAUUAUUCAGCCAUUAACCGCGCGGUGCCCCAAAUGCCCAGCGGCAUGGAAAAGGAGGAGGAAUGCGAGCAUCAUCUUCAACGAGCAAUAUGCACUGGUCUUAUUAUUCCAACUCCUGAAGUAACCGAUCUGGCAGAUGUGGAAGCUUAUGACAAAAUAUAUCCUGCUGAUUAUAAGCUGCCACGCCAAUUAAUACACAUGCAACCCUUUGCUAUGGAACAAGAUAUACCUGACUAUGAUAUGGAUUCAGAAGAUGAAAAAUGGGUUGCAGUACAAAGUCGCAAAAUGGACUUAACUCCUCUCCAAUUUGAAGAAAUGAUGGAUCGUUUGGAGAAGAGUUCAGGACAAACUGUAGUUACCAUCAAUGAAGCCAAGUCACUGUUAAAAGAGGAUGAUGAUUUAAUUACCGCAGUUUUUGACUAUUGGCUUAAUAAGCGUCUCAAAACUGUGAGCAUAUUUUUGCAGUCUAAUUUUAAGCAACACCCAUUGUUAUUAACGGUUAAAACGGAAAAUCGAUUUGGCUCGGCUACCAACAAUCCAUAUCUUGCGUUUAGGCGACGUACCGAGAAAAUGCAAACUCGGAAAAAUCGUAAAAACGAUGAGACUAGCUACGAAAAAAUGUUAAAGCUUCGUAGGGAUCUUAGUAGAGCAGUCACGCUUCUAGAAAUGGUAAAACGCAGAGAGAAAACGAAACGGGAACAUUUGCAUCUCACAAUUGAGAUUUAUGAGAAACGAUAUCAAGCGCAAGACUUCAGUGGACAAAUAUUGGCAGAAGUGUCGGCGUUAAAGACACCGAGACCAGCGUUUGCUCCGCUAUUUACCAAUCAGUUUGGCGUUCAUCAAAAUUGGACAAACAAAGUCUGUAAAGACGAAGUAGUGCCCAGGAAAGAAAAGAGGCAGUACAAGAAACGGAAACAUAAAACGGAUAGAAGAGGCGGAAAUUUAGAUGAUACUGGCGUUCGUAGCGGAGCCGGUAGUGGCAGCCGAGGGAGUCGUCCAGGAGUUCUUGGAAGCGGGCUGGACCCGCUCAUCAGUUCUGAUGAAGAAAGUUCGCUUCCAUCUCAUUCGCACACCCAGACCUCGAUACCCUCCGACCGCGAUGAUGAAGACACCGCAGACGAGGGUCAAUUUGUCUUUCGUCGAAAUAGAAAUAGCACUUAUUUACCGCCUGUAUCAGGUGGUUUUGGAAAUUGGCCUUGGUGCGAUAAAAGCGAGGGUGGUUUGGCUGACAAGAAGUAUAGGUUUGCUUUAACUAGCAUCAGCAAACCGGUGCCAAGAUGUAUCGGUCUCGCACGACGGAGAAUUGGUCGAGGUGGCAGAGUGAUAUUAGACCGCUGCACAGCCGAUAUGGACGAAAUGUGGUCUUCUUUAGAUUUCACAAUACAUGAUUCUCAGCGUGAUAAUGCAGAUUCGAACGAGACUGCCACAGCGACGACUACUGUCAAGCAAGAAUGGUUGCAUUUUCGACCAAAGACUCCGCCAGUGUCGGUGCACAGUCCAAGCGAGGAAAGUAGUUACGACACAGACUCGGAUGUAGAGCCGUUAGUGUCCCGAUCCAAGCUUCCAUACCCGUUCCCGCCCGAAGCGACGUCCAUAUGCAUCGAGGUGGAACCGGAACGUGCGAGCGAUGAAUCACCGUUUGCAACGGAGUUCAACAUUGCGGAUUAUUUCGCAGGAGACGGUGUAUCGGACUUCGAGCUCGCGAUAGCGGGUCUCAGUAGUAAUACGGGUAGUUCGUGCGUCAGUGGAUUGACGGACAGUAACGUGAACGAAUCGCGGACAGACGAACUCGGAAGUUCCCAUGUCACGGUUAUGCCGCUUACGAAUAAUCUGUUCGCGCCUCUCGCGACGACGCAGCAGAUUCGGCCUUCUCAGUGCAGUGGUGGUUUUAGUGGUGAUUCUAGUGUUGUACAUACUUGUACAAGUUCUUCAUUAAUUCCUCCCCCGUCGUCGUCCUCCGUUGUCCCGUGUACCAUUACCCAAGCCGCGGCAUCGAGCACAGUGUUCGCGCAAUGCACUGUCGGUGCCGCAGUCGAUGCGCAGUCGAAUCACCAGUCCAAGCAACAACACAGACAAUUACCGAACAAUAGUACCGCUGCCUCCAUUCUAUCGAAAUCCUUGACUAGUCCGACAAAUAAUAGGAAUGGCGGUAGCUGCGGCAGUGGCGGUAGUGUUGGUAGUAGUGCGAACGUUAGAGUGUUCAGUGCGACCACCGCGAGCAGUGGUGGUGGUGGUGGUGGUGGUGGUGGUAGUGGUAACGUUAGUGGCAUCACAAACUUCGGCAACAGUCACCAGAACGGCCCGCUGUCACACAUAAACAACUCUAACAAUCUGACUAACAGUACCCACAUUGUGAAUAAUCAACAGUCCACGUUAGUUCUACCGCAGAAGCAUCCACCGUCCAAUUUGCUACCCAGCCUGAUAGCGCAAAGUAAAUUGGCGAGCCUCGCGAGGCAACAGCAACAGCAGCAGCAGCAGCAGCAGCAACAGACGCAGAAUCAGGCGCAACAAGUCCCAACAUCCGGGGAAAUUACGCUUAGUAGUAAUAGUGAAUCUUUGGAUAUGGAGGUGGAUGGGGUGGACAGUUCGCCGUGCGACAGCAAGCCGCAGCAGCAACAGCUUGUACGGGCGAACAAAACAAAUUCACUAGCGAUGGAAGUGACAUGAUGCCUGCUAUCGGCACCCCUGUUGCCGCCAAUACGUCACUGGGGGCUUCGCUAAUUCUUUUACCUUGCCUAUGAUGUGUCUGCAUCGGACGGGGAAAUCGGAGAUGCGUACUGAGGAUACUACCGCGCUAUGAACCGACGCGAGAAAAAAAAGAGCGAUACGGCUAGGUACAAUUGCAAAACUGCUCCUUCGAUCAGUUGCUUUCUUGCGGCGAGACAAAUAAGCGAUAACGUGGAUUCUAAUACAAGUAACAAGUUUACCGUUUUCUGUUUAUUGUGAGGAUUAUGGUUUGAUAAAAGGGAUAUGCAUUCUCCAAAUUUAUUUUCCUUGCUCGUUAAAUCAAUAUCCAUAAUCGUCCAAUCUUGAAUCUGAUAAUGCAGACAAUGAUCAGUGAUUCUAUUUAUUUAGAGUUUUCCGUAUUGUGAGUUUCCUUCAAAUCAAAACAAAAAAUGGCAAUUAAUAUCUAAUCAGUAAAUUUGACUUGUGAAAGAUUAUAAGUUAAUUAUAGAAAAACUAUAUAUACAUGUAAUUAAAUGCUUUUCAAUUAACGCAUGCAAUAAUUGUUUUAUCAGUUUGAAAAUCAACAAUAGUUUUAUUUGUUUGAAGCAAGGAAAAACGUAAAUUGGAAAUCUAAAAUGCAAAUUACAAUGUUAAUUAACAAUUACAUUGUUUAUUCUCACAGUAAAUUAUAUAUACAUAUGUAUAUAUAUAAUUAAAAAAAAUUUCUAGUUAUCGAUACAAAAUAACUAAGCGUGUACAUACAGCAAGCUUUCUCAAACACAACAUUAAUCACUAAAUUAUCGAAAUUCUGGCUUAGAAAGAAUGGCUGUACUAUAUCUCAUUCAUAAAACAUAGAGGCUUUGAUUUUUAUUGGAAGAAUAUGUAAUGAAUAAAUAUAAUUUAUAUAUAUAGCUCAAUAUUA